AUGACUUUCGCUAAAGAUUACAGAACAGUUUAUAGAAACCAAAUUAAGAAACAGAUACGACUAAAUCAGGAGCAUUUGCAGAGCUUGACGCAUUUAGGCUCCCAAAUCAAUUUCGAGGUGGAUCCUCCUAAAUUUCCGGAUCCGGAUCCUGCUCGAAAAGUGUUUUUCUUUGAUAUCGAUAACACUUUGUACAGGAAAUCUACAAAGGUACAAUUGCUCAUGCAACAAUCGCUAUCGAACUUCUUCAAGUACGAAUUGGGUUUUGAUGAUGAAGAAGCAGAGCGUCUGAUCGAAUCGUACUACGAAGAAUAUGGAUUAUCAGUGAAGGGUUUAAUAAAGAAUAAACAAAUUGAUGAUGUCUUACAAUACAACACAUUCAUCGAUGAUUCCUUACCUUUACAAGACUAUCUGAAGCCUGAUUGGAAAUUAAGGGAGCUACUGAUCAAUUUAAAGAAGAAGAAGCUCGGCAAAUUUGAUAAACUGUGGCUGUUUACAAACUCGUACAAAAAUCAUGCCAUCAGAUGUGUUAGAAUAUUAGGUAUUGCUGAUCUGUUUGACGGCAUAACAUACUGCCAUUACGACAGACCUAUCGAGGAAGAGUUCAUUUGCAAACCAGAUCCAAAAUUCUUCGAGAUAGCUAAACUGCAAAGUGGGUUAUCGAGCUUCGCAAAUGCCUGGUUUAUUGAUGACAACGAGAGCAACGUGCAGACCGCGUUGGGCAUGGGGAUGAGCCAUGUUAUUCAUUUGAUAGAAGAUUACCAGUACGACUCAGAAAAUAUUAUUACAAAGGACCAUGAAAAUAAGCAACAAUUUUCUAUAUUGAAAGACAUCCUCGAGAUUCCAUUGAUAAUGGACAUUGAUGUUUACCGUCCAUCGUCUAUCGCCAUAAAGGAAAUGGAAGAGUUGGAAGAAGAGGGGGAAGCAGUCAACUGGUCAAAUCAACAGAUCAAUGUUCAGUCAUCAUAA